GACUGUUGUGCAAGACUGUACGACAACCAAGUACAAAAGUGUAUCACUGCCACAACCGGCUACAAUGUCCCAUAAAGUACUCAUUAAUAUCUUUGGACUUAGUCAGUGCAAGAACUUUGGUAGCAUAGUGGAAUGAUCGAACAUUUGUUUGUUAUGACAGCUAGAUAGGUUAGUUACGUGUUUGAUAUAUUUUUGUUUUUGUUGUCAUCGUCACUCACAAUGUCACAAGAUCUUAGCAGCAGGAAACGUGGUCGAAAUAACUGUGAAGAGGAAUGCUGUGAUUUUAUGCCAUUAUCUAAAAGAAUUAACAACUUGCACAUCAAUGGGACUAUUUACAGCACUUGCGAACAACAUUCUGAACAUGCCAUUUUUAAGCAGGAUGGAACAGUGGAAGAGUGGAAUGGUUUGCAAAGUAUGAAAGAUGAACGGCUGCAGUCAACACAUUCACUGGGUCCCACAUGUGCCACAGACAAGAAUAGUGGCACUAAUUUUCACAGUGUUGAUGGCAACUUCAUAGAAAACAAUUGCGCCACAAGCCAGGAAUACCCAUGGAUGUCAGAGCACGUACUCAGCCAGUAUGCACCAUCUCUCACCGCUACUGAUAAUCCGUACUAUUAUGAAAACAAUAAACUAUUGUUUGCUCUGUACAUGGAACGGUUACAGAGAGGUGGAAUCCCUCUUUAUUAAUGCUAGUGUUCACAAACUUGAUGUUGCUGCAGCAGGAACAAAUUUUGUAGUUCUUAAAUAGUUUUCACGUGAAUAUGUAAGUAACAAUUUUUUCAGCUUCUGUCUCUUACUGGACAAUACAUUUAAGCACCCACUGACAAAUUUGACCUUAUGCAUUUUUAUUAAAUUAUAACAUAGAGCAAAGUUUUAACUAUGAAUCUCGCAAAAAUACAGAAAUAUUUAGAAGACCCUUAGAAAAUAUUGGUGUAUUCAUUAUCCCUGUAACUUGUUUAAUACUGCCAAACGGUAUGAAGAAAUGAGAUGUUGUGUCAUUCACAAUGUAUAAUAUAUGUAUUAAUGUGUGUUUGUGCACUAGUUUUUGAAAAGUCUAUUGUUAAUGUCGUGUCUUUGUCCAAACCAAUGUUAGCCCAUCAUGUAAAAUACGGAGAGCACAAUGUCAUUUUCAAAUAAAGUCUAGUCAUAUUUUUUGUGUGAAACA